AUGACAGUGGAGCAAUUUAAUUUCCCUCCUCUCACUACUCCUGGGGAGCUGGGUGCUCGUAUCCUGAUCCAGGAGCACUAUGAGAAGUUUGGAGAGAGUGAGGAGGUGGAGAUGGAGGUUGAGAGUGAAGAUGAAGAGGAUGAGAGAGAGGGCAGGGUGGUAGGACAUGCUGCUCAGUUACACCAGGACACACAGCUGCAGGACAUGGAUGAGGGCUCUGAUGAAGAGGAUGAUGGCAUGAAGGCUCCUCUACCCCCUGAUAACCCUGUGCCACUACCUCUGCCCCCCACCCCGGACCAGGUUAUCAUCCGCAAAGACUAUGACCCCAAGGCCUCCAAGCCUCUGCCUCCUGUGGCCCCCCCUGGAGAGUACCUUAUCUCUCCCAUCACUGGUGAGAAGAUCCCAGCCAGUAAGAUGCAGGAGCACAUGUGCAUCGGCCUGCUGAACCCCCACUGGCUGGAGCAGUCACAGUACACAGGCCCCAGAACCAGCGCCUCCUCUUCCUUCUCCUCGCCGGGUUUAGGAGGUCUCUUGGGGACACCGGGCUCCAGGUCUCUAAUAGCAGAACGAUCGGCACCCAAACCCUGCCCUUUAGGCCUUAAUUGA